AUGUAUCUGCCCAACUCACAGAAGCUUAUCGCCGCGGGCUUGGCGCUCAUCGACCUCGCAAAUGUUGGCGACUCCGUCGUAAAGGGCAAGGUCCUCGACUACGCCGUUGAAAAGUGCCUGGAUAGCGACGGCAAUGUUCGCUGCUCGAAACCAUUUCCCGUCAAGGAGGGGUCGUGUUACACCCUUGAAUGGUCUACGGACGGCAAGAUCUCGCAUACAACUAUCGAAGUCCGUGACGCGGGCAGCGGCGAAAUGGUCUAUUACCGCGACACGAAUGGCGACUGGAAGCCGGAGAAGAAUGAGCUCGUUUACUUGGACUUCAAGCCCAAGAUAUGGAAGACGGGUAACGACACGGUGGAAUAUGAGGUCAAAAAGUGCGAUGACGAUGGAAAGGACCUAUAA